AUGGCGGCGAGUGGUGGGGCCAUGAAGGAUGAUGCGAUACAGACAGCUAUCUUCCUGCACGUGAUUGGGGAACCAGCCCUGGAAGUUUAUAAUGGUUUCACGUGGGCCGAAGCAGGUGACGCAAAUGAUCUGGCCAAGAUCCGUUUGAAGUUCAAGGACUAUUGUAUCCCGAGAACGAACGUGACGUUCGAAAGACACCGGUUUUUCACAACAGUACAAAAACCAGGUGAGACCAUAGACCAUUUUGUGACUGAAUUACGCACGCGAGCAAAGACGUGUGAAUUUGGAAUUUUGCAAGACGGUUUGAUCCGUGAUAGAGUUAUAUGUGGGAUACCAAGUAACACACUGAGACAACGCCUUCUGCGUGAGGAGAAGUUAACAUUGGCGAAAGCCAUAGACAUUUGUAGGGCGGAAGAGGCCACCCGUUCACAGGUUGGUCAGUUGAGUGGCGAAGCAGCGGGUGCUAGUGGUAGUUGUACAUCGUGUGAUGCCGUAUACAAGCGACAGCCGAAAUCUAGUGACGAGUCAAAGGGAUAUAACUCUCGCAACCAAGAAGUGAAGAAGGAUAGUUGCAAGUUUUGUGGGUACAGGCACCGACCAAAUGCCUGUCCAGCCUAUGGUAAACAAUGUAUUAGGUGUGGGAAAAUUGGACAUUUUAUCAAAUGUUGCCCAAACUCAGACAAACGCAAGCAAGGGCAGAAGGUUCACGCAGUGGAGACUGAGUAUGACAUUGACAAUGAACAGUCUGACGAGUUCUUUGUUGAUACUGUGAACACAGCUAACACAUCACAGAGUUGGAUAGUUCCAUUAGACAUUAAUGGUACUGUAUUACCUAUGAAGUUGGACACUGGUGCUAAUGCCAAUAUCAUUAGUGAACAUGACUUUUGCUCCAUAGGACGUAAACCCAAGUUGCACACAAGCAAAGUGAAAUUGACAGCUUAUGCUGGUCAUGAUGUGCCAGUCAAGGGACAAUGUAUCAUGAACAUUGAACACAAGGGGAAGGUAAGCAAAGCACUGUUUAUCGUGACGCAAGAGCCUGUUCAUCCAAUUCUAGGACUUCAAGAAUGUGAGAAAUUGAGAUUAGUCCGACGUGUUUGGCAAGUGGAUGCAGAGAAUCAGGAAGACAUAAAUACAGAUUCGGAACAGAGGCAAUCAGUGAACACAGAAUCACACAAGAGAAAGACUUCAGGUUUCUGUGACAGUGUACGCACAGAAUACGCAGAUAUAUUCAAAGGGUUAGGUUGUUUGCCCGGAAUACACAAGAUUCGUCUUGACGAUGCGGUGACACCUGUUGUGGAACCUUGCAGAAAGGUACCAUUUGGACUGCAUGAUAAACUCAAAGAGGAACUUGACAGAAUGGAAUCUCUUGACGUGAUUACAAAGAUUGACGAGCCGACAGAGUGGGUCAGCUCACUGGUCAUAGUGCAUAAGAAGACAGGACAGAUUCGUGUUUGUCUAGAUCCCAAGAACCUCAACAAAGCCAUACGGCGAGAGCAUUUUAAACUUCCGACCAGAGAAGAAAUUAUGUCAAAGUUUGCUGGAGCCAAAGUAUUCACGAAGUUGGACGCAUCCAGCGGGUUUUGGCAGCUGCGACUAGAUGAGGAUUCAUCCAAGGUAUGCACAUUUAGCACACCAUUUGGAAGAUAUCGCUAUCUCCGUCUACCAUUUGGAAUCUCCUCUGCCCCAGAAGUCUACCAUAGGACUAUCUACAACAUGUUCAGUGACAUACCAGGUGUUGAUACCAGUAUGGAUGAUGUUAUUAUCCAGGGAGCAUCUCAGGAAGAACAUGAUGCCAGUCUAAAGCGUGUCUUAGACAAAGCCAGGGAAGAGAACUUGAGGCUGAAUGCAGACAAGUGCGUUAUCAGUGUUUCUGAACUGACGUUCAUUGGAGAUGUUAUCAGUGACAAGGGAGUCAAGCCUGACAGCACCAAGAUCGAAGCAAUCCAUGCAAUGGAUAGACCAACCAACAAGAAGGAAUUGCAGAGAUUCCUAGGAAUGGUGACAUAUCUAGCAAAGUUUGUGCCUGAUCUGUCUACGGAGACAGCACCGCUCAGAUCACUCCUACAUCACAAAACACAGUGGGAAUCGAACAUGACGGAAGCGCUGACGCGACUCAAGAGACUUUGCUUAUCUAGGUGA